GAAGAUGGCGAUGAGUCAAUUAGAUAUGAGAUUAGAGUCUGUGCUUUAAAGUAAACUUGUGGAUGUUGUAAAGUACGGAAUUACAAUGUCGUUUUCCACGUUAUCGGAAGUGUAGAGGUGUUGCAUGUGAAGAGUGAUAGCAUAAGUAGUUAAUAAGGAAAUGAGAAGAUGGUGAAAGAGAAUUGUUAUUGCUGGGAUGGGUUCACAAACGUUAGAAAUCCUUCGACAGGGCGUCUGGGCGAGCCUGACAGGCGGUUGGUUCUAUGACCCGCAUCUUGACGUAUUUUCAAAUACCUUCCACCUUUAUAUUUGGUUGCUGCUUCUCUGCCUACCAUUUACCAUAUAUUUAUAUUUUCCUCCCACAUUGUACGUAUGGUUGGCAUAUUCUUCAUCAAUAGUCGCCUUAUUUGGAACAAUAAAAUGUGUAAAUCACGCUUUACACUGUGUGUACGAUACUACAGAAUGUUUAGAGGAACCUGGCCAAAGCGUUAGUCAGCUGAAAUCUGAGAGUGAAAAGAAACGAGCAUCACAGAAUAAACGUCGGGAAACACCACAGGAUCAAGCUGAUUUGGGUAUAGAACUACAGGUCCUAAAUGGCAAAACUGACACACCACCUGUUGAAUGUUCAUCUCGCAAUUCUUACAUUGAGCCAAAUGCCCCAAAUGCGGAUGCAGAUAGCAUCACAUCGGAUUAUAAUCGGGAUAAACCUAGUUCCACAAUCGAUUUAAAAGUUGAAAUACAUCGGAAAAAUAGUUCGGAAAGUUCCGAGGAAGCUCAGCAACUCAGUAAGGCAACUGUUACAAAUAUUAAUGUACACAAGGCUGAGUUAUUCUCCACUCAAGAUCAUGACCGACUUAGAAAAAGAUUGAGUGAAUGCCGUUUGAUGCGACAAAAGUGUGUCGUUAUUGCAGAGGAAGAUCAAACUGGUUCCCGUAAGCUUUCCCGUUAUGCUGCAAAAGAUUCUCUCAGUCGUCAUCCAAACAAAGGGAACUUGGGUAAAACUGGCUCUGAAAGCCAAAUCAAACAGACUACUUCACUCGAGUUGGAACAACAUGGAGAUGAUUUUCCUUACUGGAAAUCAAAUCAGAGUGUGCGGAGACUUAAUUCUAACUCUAUUCCUCUGGAAACACAUUUAACCGCUGAUCACCCUCAAAGCUUGGAAAUGAUAUCGAAAAAAGAAGACAACGAAAAGAAUAAGAUUCCGUCACAUCCCCAAUCAUUGGAAGUGAUUCCCAAAAAGCCGCAUCAACCUCUUGUACAUCCACAAAGCUUGGAGGUUAUUGGUGCCACCAGUAAAAAUACCAGUUCUAAUGACGACAAUAACCUUCCACUUCAUCCACAGAGCCUUGAAACCAUAAACACAAAAAUGGUUUUACCAUCAUAUACUUUGAAGCGGAACCAACUACAACUGCUACCAUAUUUGAGUUACGGUUCGGAAAUCGUAUAUCCAAUCGCCGAACAAAGUGAUGAACAAUUUCCUAUUGAAAAUUCUGGAGGAUUUAAUCGCCGAGAUUCAUACAGUCCACUGCUCGUGCGACAAACCAAUGAAAACGUUGCUGGAGGUUCUAAUAGGGAUAGAAGUCUUAGCACUAGUGGAUUCGAGGAGCGCUUUGCAAGAUUUAACGGGGAUACGGCAAUUGAUAAUGACUCUGCAAAUUCACGUGAUGCCUUGUUGGAGGAUGCCAAUGCUAACGAUAAAAGAAGAUUCAGUAACACCAGUCAGAGUAGUCGCGAGUUAUCCGAUGGUGAAAGGCAUAGAGAAAAACAUCAAGGCAAGUGUAAAAAUGUUGAGGACCCCUUGAAUUCCACAAGUUCUGGUUUCGAUUGGCUUUUUGAACAUACCGACUCCGAGGUAGAGCCAUCGCAGAGUCAAAGUGCGUUUUGGAUGUUUACUCGAUCCGACGAUACGGACACUUCAGAGAGCCUACAGACGGCUAGCACUGAUUAUUUACAUGGAAAGGAACUAGACUCAGGCUCAUCUAGUACGACUACAUUGAGCAUCGAAAAUGAGGUCAAAAAGAAGCUGCUAUCUCAGGUUGAAGUCGAUUGUAAACGUCAUCAAGGAGCCAUUCCAAAGCAGAGCCGUGCAAAAAUACCCGUUGAGCCCAACGCAGAACUCCUACAAGAUGCUGCCCCUCCUGUCAUCAAACCCAAGCGGACGUUGGAAGUCAGAAGAGAGCGAGAAAGAAAAUUCGAACAAACCAGUGGCUCGAAUAACGAAUUGAGUACAUUGCUUCCAAGUCCAGCGCCUCCGUUAUUGGCAGCUUUACUUAGUACCGGCAGGGACUUACCAGGACAAUCUGGUACCCUCUCAGAUUUGAGAUUAAGUCGAAACCAAGAAUUAAGAAGAAAUUCGCGAUCUCGGCAUAGACGUCUAAAACGAUCAAAUAGAACGCAUAGAGGGCCCAGAAGCAACUUACGCGAGGAUAAUUCAGUACCUUUAACUGCCUUAGCCAGUGUGAUUUCGAAUAAUAAUUGUCAUUUGGCUACGAGUCACAACGAUACUACUGAAGGUGCAGUUCAUUGUUUUCGCGAUGAAAACGGUCGGUGGUUAACAUAUACGUUUGAUGAAAAAGGAACUGGAAUAGCCAAUACUUCUCAGAUUCCAUCAAGUGGUAAUGGCAAGCUUCUAAACACCCUACUACGCCAACAACUGAACCAAAAUCUACAUUACGAUGCGAAUUGGGACUUGACUAAUUCGUUGAGCAAUAGCUACAGCAGUUUAUCUCUAAAUUCAGCUGGACUCACUGUGAUUAUUGAUACACCACCUGUGUUAUCAAGCCCUGUAACCAACCAAACAAAGACACAAAAUGUGGUUUCUUCAAAUUUGGUAUCUUCGAGUACAACAGGAUCCAAUCAAUACGUACUUGAUAGCUCUGAAACAGACCCAUUUCGGCAUAUAUUAACAGACGCGUUGAGAGAUAGGCGCCAAAGGAUCAUUUCACGUGUCCAUUUAAACGCGUAUCCUGCCGAACCAGUCUUAGCGUUACCGGCACAUCAAGAAGCUGAAACAAAUACUAGCUUAUCUUGGAAUAGGUUCAUCGACGGCUUGGACAUUAUACCAAGUGACGCUAAAGCCAAAGAAUCAAAGCAUUAUUACAAAUGGAAGAUAGGAAAAUUACCUCACAUCAAAGUACAUUUUGAUCGAUUGGCUUUACUAGCUUUGUUGGACAGAAAUUUAACCAUCUUUGAAACCCUCGUGUCUACAAUUUUAGCAGUGGCUGUUGCUAGCUUGGGACUUUCGCUUUUGCAGCGUGAAUAUUUUCGAGAUAUUUUUGCAUUUAUAUUUUGUAUCGUUAUAGCUGGAUGUCAGUAUUCUUUAUUGAAAUCUGUUCAACCAGACGCUGCCUCACCAACUCAUGGUUUCAAUCGUAUUGUUGCAUUUUCAAGACCUGUAUAUUUCAUCAUUUGUACAGGUUUAGUUUUGGUACUCACAGAAUCUUUGGAAAAUUUUCCAGAUUCUGAUUUCCGUGUGUAUGGAAUGCUAGUGUCCAAUUGUGCAGUUGUCUUACAAAUCAGAAAUGUUUUGCUCAUUUUUCUUUUGUGUUUUCCCAUUGUAUUUUCAUUAGGAUUAUUUCCACAAAUCAACACAUUCUUAAUGUACCUUUGUGAGCACGUUGACAUUCAUGUAUUUGGAGGAAAUGCAACAACUGGCCUCAUUUCGUCUCUCUAUUGUCUCGGUCGUAGUAUACUUACAGUUUUGAUCUUGUAUGGUUUUGCUUAUGGGGCCUUGACCGAACCUAAAUCAUCUCAGCAUAUUUUGUUCUCUAUAUUUGUUAGUCUACUAGUUGCAGCCUCAUAUCACUUGAGUAGAUCCUCCUCUGAUCCAAGCGUAGUCUGGGAUAUACUCAAAAUGAAUUUAUGGCCACCAGAGUUGUACCUAGAAGAGAGAGAAGCUAAGAUAAUAGAAAAUACGUCACGCAAAGAUGAUUUAAGUUCCAAGUACAGAGAUAUCAAAAUUCGAUCCAUGGGAACAAAAAAAGACGUCAAAAUAAAAGUGAGCGAACAAAUUUCUGAUUCAGAGUUGAUCGAUCCUUUACCUGAAAAGUUACGGUCAACAGUUAAUACUAGACUGAAAAAUGAUUUGAUAGUAUGUACUGUUCUUGGGGUUCUCUCCUUCGCGAUCCAUAGUUCGACAGUUUUCACUGCCUUGCAACCAGAAUUGAAUCCAGUUCUGUGGGGUAUAACAAGUUGCCUGGGGUUUCUGCUUCAUUAUAUCCUACCUCAACUUAGGAAACAGUUGCCUUGGCUUUGUUUGGCAAAACCUGUAUUGCGCAGUCAUGAAUAUGCACAGUUUGAGGUGAAAGAGCCUGCAAAAAUUAUGUGGUUCGAAAAAGUUUCUGUUUGUUUGUGCUUUGUUGAGAGAAAUAUUUUAUACCCAGUUGUAUUUUUAGGUGCAUUGACAGAAUGUUCACCAAAUAUUGUCAAAAAAUUUGGUGAAAGUAUAGGCUCUCUAAUCGUAGUUAUUUGUGGAAUGAAAGCGCUACGUUCAGCAUAUUCCGAUCCUUCUACUCGUUAUCUCGUACUCGUCUUUACGGUUUUGCUCUUUAAAUUUGAUUUUCGAGAUAUUGGUGAGACGUUUCUUAUUGACUACUUCGUAAUGGGAAUUGUAUUCUCUAAAGUGUAUGAACUUUUGUUGAAAAUACGAUUUGUCAUCACUUACAUCGCACCAUGGCAGAUCACCUGGGGCAGCGCAUUUCAUGCUUUUGCACAACCUUUUUCUGUGCCACAUUCUGCAAUGUUGUUUCUACAAGCUGGAAUAUCUGCUAUCUUGAGCACACCGCUAAACCCUCUGCUGGGAAGUGCAAUAUUCAUUUCUUCAUACGUGCGGCCUGUUAAAUUCUGGGAGCGAGACUACAAAACUAGGAGAGUUGAUCAUUCAAAUACUCGGAUGUCUUCACAUUUGGAACGCAACUUGGGAGCUGAUGAUAACAAUUUGAAUUCCAUAUUCUACGAACAACUGACAAGAUCCCUACAGCAUAGUUUGUACGGAGAUUUAGCACUAGGACGUUGGGGUGGAAUUACCCAAGGUGACUGUUUUCUACUUGCUUCUGACUAUUUGAAUUGUCUGGUUCACAUCGUCCAGUUAGGCAAUGGUUUAGUCACAUUUCAAUUGAGAGGACUAGAAUUUCGAGGGACUUACUGCCAACAACGAGAGGUCGAAGCAAUAUCAGAGGGUAUCGAAGACAAUGAUAAUUGUUGUUGUUGUGAAAUGGGUCAUCUUUCUAAUGUGUUGAGUGUUAAUGCAGCAUUUAGUCAACGUUGGCUUGCAUGGGAAGUUGCCAGCGCAAAGUAUGUACUGGAGGGCUAUUCCAUAUCUGAUAACUCUGCUGUUUCCAUGCUGCAAGUGUUUGACUUUCGCAAAGUUCUUGUUACCUAUUAUGUAAAAAGUAUUAUUUUCUAUGCGAUUAAAUCGAGUAAGUUAAUGCAGUGGCUUGAAAAUCCCGACAUCAUUGACGCUCUGAAACCGACAUUGGAAAAAUACUUUGUCGACCUUGAUCCAGUUUUCAACAUGAACAUUGACGAAGAUUUUGAUUUUCGUGGUAGUGGUAUUACUCGAAGCAGUUUCUGCAAUAUCUUUUUAGAUUGGAUUCAAUUUUGUGCCACCAAACGUGAUAAGUUACUGGAGAGAUCAAGAGAUUCGUGCCUAGUGUCGCUGUGUCUUGCCUUAAGCCUCUUAGGGCGCCGUGCAUUAGGCGCAGCAUCUCAUAACACUGUAUCUAGUGUUGAAUUUUUCCUGUAUGGAUUGCAUGCUUUAUUUAAAGGAGACUUCCGGAUAACUUCAGUUCGUGACGAAUGGGUUCUACGGGAUGUCGAGCUCCUACGUGGUGUAGUAGCAAAGGGAGUUAGAAUGGCCCUAAAGUUACACCAAGAUCACUUCAUGAGCUCUGAAGAAUACGAGGAGACAGCAGCCUUAUACGAGGCAAUCGAAGGCCAUGAUCGAGGACUUGUUAUUAGUCACGAGGCUGAUCCGCUAUGGAGGAAUGCAGUACUUGGUGGUGCGCCAAGCCUUCUGGCUCUCAGGCAUGUCUUGGAUGAUGGAAUAGAUGAAUAUAAAGUGAUAAUGCUAAAUAAACGGUACCUCAGUUUCCGUGUUAUAAAAAUGAAUCGAGAGUGCGUCCGUGGACUUUGGGCCGGCCAGCAACAAGAGCUUGUUUAUUUAAGAAAUCGAAAUCCUGAACGUGGAUCGAUACAGAAUGCGAAGCAGGCCUUACGUAACAUAAUUAACAGUUCUUGUGACCAACCGAUUGGUUAUCCAAUUUAUGUAUCGCCAUUGAUGACCAGUUAUGCUGAAACCAAUGACCAGCUGUGUUCAAUACUAGGGGGGCCAUUAAGUUUAGGUACCAUAAAAAGCAACGUACUUAAAUUAUGGCGAAGGUAUGUACUUUACCCUUUUUGUCCAGCAAAACUAAUCUCGAUCACUCAUGUUGAAUUUCUUUUCAGGAUAAGACGGAGAUGUGGACAAGGAUGUUCUUCUGGUGGUACCGGAUCCCAAGAUGAUGGUGGAUUUGGCAACGAAGGAGUUUAUGCCAUGACUCAAUACAACAUACAUUCCGGUUAUAAUCAAUCUGGUCACAACACAUCUGGUUCUCAGUCGAUGGAUUCAAGUUGUCAAAUCGGUGGCUCUGCAGGUCGCGGUUCGCUCGGCCGAGCAAAUACAGGCUCACUUGGUGGCAACCGUGGUUCCUUAGCAUCGGUAGGAAAGCCAACAAGCUCGACAUUAGCUAGUUUAGCUGGCUUACUGAGCAGUGGGGAUAUCAAAGCAGAAUCUAAAUGUGAAACCAGUUUUACAAACAAACAAGAAAAGGAUGAAGUCUUCCAAAGGGUUCGAAUUAUUGACCCAAACCAAGUGUACGACGCAAUAAAUUUGGGUCGAAGAAUCGACGUUAUAUGGCCAGAUGAACGGAUGAGACAACAAGGUGGCCGAUCAGGAUGGCAGCACUGGGUUCCCGAGCGGGGGAUGGAAGGCUGCGUUGUUCAUCGCUGGUCACCAAAUCAUCGUGAUCCUAACAGACGAUCGCACGUUGAUAAAGUUAUAUUACUGGUCAAAAUCGAUGACAAAUAUGUCCCUGUGGCUGAACAGGGUGUACAAGACUUGGGUGCUGAAGUGUGAAUAGAAUUCUAAGAUAUUUCGGUAACUUUUUAGCUUAUAAUUUAUCACGGGAUUUCCUAUUACGAUAUUCUUAAACAUAGUCACAUACAUCGCCAUUGCUAAAUAAGUCACGGAAUACUUACAUCAAAAGCAUAGCUACGUUAUUUGUGUAAGACUUAUUACUUAAUAUCAUGUUUCAAAGAUCGAAUUCAGCUUAUAUUCUUCUUUAAUAUUUUACAGUUAUCUGAAAAAUUUAUCCUAGCUCUGAACAGUACAAUUCAAAUUGUAUCGUUCGUCUCUUUAGUUGCUGUUACCGCACUUCUAUUUUUGAGUGCUUUUUUCAUGUAAAAUAUAUUAUUCGUCUAGUAAAUAUUCCGCAAUUGUUUGAAUUUAAAAGCUAUUGCAUUCAAAUUGUCACUGCGGUGGCAUGUGUGAUUUCUGUAAAAUGAAAAAUCAUUGCACAAAAACUACUACUGACUAAUGCCUAUAGGCAUUAUUCUAUAGUUCGGAGAUUUCAUCUGCAGUAAUUCAGAACUUGAACAACACUUUCCAGAACUUCAUACAUUACAGGUAAUGCGUCGUUCAGACAGACUUUAGAAUAUUGGCGAAUAUUCAUUACAUCGAAUUAGAAACGGUUAUCACAAAUUUAACGUAGGUAUGUAAAAAUGUUCAAGCAAAUGAUUUUAUUUUGCUAAAAAUAGAAGUAAAAGUCAAGUAUAUUGAAAUAUGAAUCGCACUGUUGUAGAAAUCUUCUCAGUUGAAGAUUCAUGCGGAAACGCAGGAAUCGUUAUCAAUGGUAUCUUACCAAUCAUUCUGUUCAUACCUUAGACAAAUCAAUGAGUAAGGUGAAUAAAAAUAACUCACAAGGUUGCAAUUUGACUACUUUUCCUUAUCUAUCAAAAAGAAGAUGUUCAAGAGCACACUCACUUUUGUUGCAGUAAAAAAAUCGCGUUGUCAUGUGAAAUGUAUUCAUUAUCCUCCAUCGUAAUUGUUUGUCAACUGACAGAAGAUGGUUGUAAUAUUCAAAUGUAACACCAUCGCUCCACUCGGCAAUGACUGACAUUUCUAAAUAAUUAAAACCUUGCAAUCAGAGCUUGUGAUCGGUGAAUAAGCUAAAAUAGUUAAUAUCACAGAAAAUAAGGAAAUCCGUCACAUUUUCUUCUCUUGAUUUAUGUCUGUUUGGUACUUUUGCUAUUUUUUUUCAGUAUCGGUUUGCAAGAAUACUGCUCAUAUAAACCACAAAAAUGUAAAACGUAUACCAAAUUAUUGUACCAUAUUUAUGAUAUAGUUAUCCUAUCAAAAUUUUCAGGUAAAUGGAUUUUGCUUGUGCUAGAAUAAUUACUGAACAACAUAAGCAGAAAGUGUUUCAUAUUGUUCAGAAUACUCUAACGUUUUUGUUCUAUUUUAAAUCGAUCACUGUAAUAGUAGUCGCUGUUUUUUAAGAAUCAAAUUCUAAAUAUUGCUCACGUGCAAAAUGAUUUUAGUUUAUUCUAGGCAAGAAGCGAUUGCAUCUACCCAUUUCACAAUAUGUAUGAAAUCUGUCAUGUUUUUCUACAUUAUGUCACCUUUUUGUUUAGGUGAUAAAUAAGAAUCGAGAAUUAAAUAAUGUAAAUAGCUAAAAUUGUGUGAUUGUCUCUUUUUGUGGACAUAUUUUUAUUAAAAGUUUACAAAAUAUUCAAAAGAGAUGUGAUGUAUAAAUGCAAAUAAUUUGUGUUUCAAUAGAACCUUCUCCAAAUUGUUAAUAAAUUGUUUACGCUGA